AUGUAACUCACAUUCAUUAAUAAGCAUAUUCUUUAGCUUGACAAGAAAAUUAAUAAGACAAAGAAGUAUGAUCAUGUAUAAUCCUAGGUUAGUCAUGGUAAAACUGUGAAAGAUGUUGAGGUUUUAACAAAGCUUUUAGGCGGAAUUAACUUUGGAGAGAGUGUAUAUCAAUGGAGAUCAGGAGAAGAGGGCAAAGAAGAAUUCAAGGCAUCCGAUAUGAUAACAGACACUGAGAGUAUCUAUUCAAUGAGGACAGAUAUGACUUAAAAAACUUCGGUUACUGUUGCAACUGAUCAACUAGGCAUCACUGCUGAUACUUAAUUCUUGCUUCUUGAUAUGAGAGAACCAGAAUAAUACAGAAAAUGGCAUAUUAGAGAUUCAAUUAACUAUUAUCACAUUUUGCUAAAUUAGGACAAGACUAUUCCAGAACUAUACAGAUUUAGAAACUAGCCAAACAAGAUGAUAAUAAUUUACUUAGAGGACGAAAGAAUUGGGACAGAAAUAGCAACUAAGAUGGUAGAAAAAGGAAUUGAGAAUUCUUUCUUGUUGUCUGGAGGAAUAGAAAAGUUCCAUGAGGAGUUUACAGACUUAGUAGAAGGCAAUGAUGUUCCAGUUCCACAAAAGAAGAUAAAGGAAGACAAAGAUAAAUCUAAGCAGCUAAGGAAAACUCAAGUGAAAAUGAGACAUAAUGAUUGUAAAAAAGAUUGA